ACUAGACAAUUGGCUGCAAAUGCCUUUACAAACGCGUUCCACGUACGAGAUAAACAAAGCGAUGGAAAUACGAAAGCAAAUCAUAAACAGCAUAAGUGUUAGGAGGGGAAUAUGCCGAGAUGAGCUUCCAAGAGGGUUUUGAAAGCGAGCUUCUUGAACCUCAGGUUGAGCCCUCGCUCCUUUCGAAGUCAUCCGAGUUUUCCAAGGUCUUGGCGGAGCUUGCUUCUGAUAGUCCAUCACACGAUUCUGCCCAGAAAAGUGUCCGUUUUAAAGAAGGGGACACAGGAGAUGGUGCUUUCUCGACAGAUAUAGCCUCUAGUCUACAAAAAGAUUCUUUUUCUAGUCAUCUUGAUAACGGGAUAUCUCAAGUUCCGAGUAAACAAGCGCCUCAUGGUCACGGAUUACCCAAACAAUGCGAAUUAUUUGGUAAACAAGGAGUCUCAUCCGAACAAGGCUGUAGUGCCAAGUCUUCAAUUGAUGAAGGUGCUGUCCAAGCGGCGAGAGCAGAAGCUGGUGAUGGAUUAGCAAUCACGCACAAAGGUUCUUCAUCAAGAGAUGAACAGGAAAGACCUGAUAAAGAAUUUGACGGAUAUGUCGUCUUCACAGACGCCAGAAGCAGCUCCGGCAGUACUAGCGAUCAAUAUAAGGCUAAAGUAAAAGAUGCGCGUGGUGAAGUGAAUGAGACCUCAGCCGGCACGUAUGUGCAAACACAACCGCAACGUAAGAACAGUAUCAAAGCUUUGUCUCAAAGGAUUGGAAACCACCCUGUCAUCGCAAAAGCAAAGAAAACAAGCUCCAGAUUAUCGGUAAAGCGGCAAGAGAAAUCAGACAAGCAACUAUCCGCUACAGCGGACUCCUUAGUAACGCGUCCGGCUCAUCAACAUCCACCAAAAAUCUCAAUUUUAACAGAAUCGUCUCGACACAAUUCUCCCAAGUCGUCACCUAUACCCAUGCAGGGAAGGUCACCGUCCUCCAGGCAACCAACGUCGCCACCAUCACCUAGGCAACCAACCUCAACACCAUCACCUAGGCAACCAACGUCGCCCCCAUCACCUAGGCAGCCAACUUCAUUACCAUUACCUGGGCAACAAACGUCACUAUCAUCACCUAGACAACGGAUGUCAUCGCCCAGGUCCCCAAUAUCACCACAAACCAGGUCAAUGACAUCACCUAGAUCACCACAAUCACCAACAGUGCCUCGUCGACCAAUAUCACCUAGACCGCCGUUGUCGUCAUCACCUAGUUCACCAUUGUCUCCGAGUUUACCAGGGUCAACUCCUCCUCCGCUGUCACCCCUAUCUCCGAGACCCACCUUGUCCCCUAGGCCAGGAAGUCGGUCUUCCUUAUCUCCGAGUCCUUCCUUGUCACCUAGGCCAGGAAGGCGGUCACCUUCAUCUCCGAGACCUACCGUGGUUUUAAGGCCAGCCAAAAAAGAAGGACCUCCGGAGGGUGCUAUGGUCAGUAAUAGCAUUGAAUCGAGCCUGGAACAGGUGCCAGUCCAUGUGAGAAGCAAGUCUUUUUUCCAAAUCGACUCGGAACGGACCAACGACAGAGAAGACGUAAGCCCUUUACUACGGAGGCCAACUUCGGGUUCCGAAAACUCUCCGAAUGAAGCACGAAGGAGAUCUAAUGGAUGGACGGACGAGAUGGCAAGUGUUCAAUUGAGCCCCAGGCGCGGAAGUAUAAACAUGGUGCGCCGGGGUUCAAAAUGCUUAGGGGAUUUAUCCCUUGGAGAUGCAAGCACACAGCGCCCGAGCACCCCAGACAUCAUGUCCCCAACUAUUGGCCGUAGGUUGAGCAUAGUGGCUCAUGGGCAGCAACGCAGGAGGUCUAAAAUAUCGGAUGAGCUGAGCCUGGUAGCGAGCCUACUAAUUCAUGAGGCAAGUGUAGGCGAUGACGACGUGGCACUACCGGAAGUGAGUUUGAGUGACGUCAUGAAAAGCUGGAAUGCUUCCGCUGAGGAUAAGCACGCGCUGUCACGUGUUAUCGACAAACGAAAAGAAGCGAAAAUAGACUUUGAGGCGGUACAGAACUGUAGGUAUCUAAGGAACACCUCGCAUGAGGACGACUCAUGACAGUGUGUUUGAUAGAGUGUGCUUGGAACAUUAAGAGCAAAGGAAACCGCCAAGUAGCCGAUCAUAGUGCUCGUCUUAAAACAUUGCUUUGCCACUAUGAAAUGUUGUGUUUCGAUACUUCGUUUAAGCUGCCUCUUGUCUUCGUCCUCAGGGUCUCUUCAUAGCGAUACCAAACAGCGGCUUAGCCAGGAUUUUUAUUAGGAGGGGCCCAAAAGGGACUUUGAAUGCAUUUUCUCCUGUACUUUAGUUAAUGUCUCAUACAUUUACUCUAUUUUUGGCUGCUAAAAAGAGGCUACGCCCUUGCCAAAGACAAUAGAAAACCAACAGACAAAUCUUAUAUGAUGUUUUGCUGUAGAAUUGGGGACUACGUCAAAAGCUAGGGGCCAGGCUCGUACCCAGCUCUCUUGGGGGAUGCGCAGCCAUAUGUGCAUCAUGGGUAGCAUUUGACGAUCAUCCAAUAAGAAAUUGAGGCAGAGAGGAGGUGCGCGCGCACCGUACCAUCCUCCCCUUAUGUAAGCACCUGGGUACGAUUAAUGAAAAUUGCAAAAAGUCGACAAAACGCAACAAGUGCUUUUUAUAGAACAUACUAAUGAUAUUUUGCCAAGUCACCUCUCUCUAGAGGUUGUAAUAUUUUCCCAAUGACAUGUCCGUAGUUAAUUUGUGCAAACAAACAGUUAUGUUAAAACAAGUGGAGUUGGGAGAGAGCUGGUUGGAAAAUGGUGUUGAUUACGGGCUAUAAAAGCAUUUUAGACCUUGAAAGUCCUAUAUUAUUUUCAGUAUUAUUGAUAAAGAUCAAGGUUUCGGGAACCAUCCAGAGCAAUGUGUCUGUUACCCCAGGUUACGCAAAUGACUGUUGGGUCACCCUAAUGGUAUUGUCGAAGCUUUGGUUACCUGUUAAUUAUAGGCUAAAGGUUUUGGGAAGAGCUUGCUUCGCUAUUUGUCUCAUUACAUGAAUUAAUUAGACAUUUAGCCCUUUUCGUUUGACUUUAUUUACGACGAUAUUCCAUGAAUGACCAUUUUGAUAAGUUUAUAAAUUUCUACUUAUUUUUUUCUUUAUAUGCUUGUUGUCAUGGUUUUAAGCUCAUUUAUGUUUAUGCAAUAAAAACAAAGUGGAGCUAAAACCCACAGGAUUGUUAAAUACCAUAACUAAAUACAUCUCUGUUGUUGUAUAUUAUAAACAUUCAGCUAAAAAGUUCUUGUAAAAGAGAUGUUGACAAAGAUUUUGUCGUGUGCGUUACGGUUACUGCGCCUUUUCUCCCUCCCCCGUCAUCACGAGAUGUUGCACGUCACUGGUCACGCCGACACAACUACUCUCACAAUACUCCCACAAAGUACAUCACUCCAAAACUCACCCCUAUCAGUGCUACCAAAACAUUGUGUUAGUUAAGUGCUGAUGGUAAGGAUCGAUCGAGUUUUCGUUCGCAAGAUCUUACGCAUAAACCUGUCGUUCUAGUCGACUGCUUAUUGGCUGCCCAUUUGAUACGUGUUCGAAUUCGAUCACGGAAUUUGCCCCCGAGCACGAGAGCUUGCGAGUGUCGGGUUAGUCAUCUACUUGAAGAUCAACUCCAUAUAAACCACGACGCCAUGAGCAC